AUGAAUGCGUUCCGUUCUAAGUAUCAAUAUUGUAACUUGCAUGCUUUGUUUGUUCAGUGUCUGGUCCAAUCACUAGACAAACAAGAAGAGGACAAGUAUCAGUGUCCGGAAUGUAAAGCGGCACUCAGCUAUGAAGAAGUUGGUAGAUGGAAACAGCGUAUGGAUAAGGCUUCGUUCAUGUUGAAUGUCGAUAAAAUUGGUCGUCAGCACCUUGCGAGCAUGGAAAAUAACGAAGAAAUCGUUCAAAAAGGGAAUAUAUACGUGGUCUUACUAAACGGAGAGAAGAUUGUAGUCGAUUACGAGAAAGUGCACACUGUAAUGGCAUUACGACAAGAAAUUUAUACCCAGAAAAAGAUAGAAGUCGCUAAGCAAAAAUUAAUGUACAAUGGUGUUGAGCUCAAGAAUUAUACCGAUGACAACCGACAUAAAAGCCUUAUCGAAUAUGGUAUUAGUGCCAAUAGUCACAUACAAUUAAUAAUUAUUUUUUCCAAAAAUGCGGAAAAAGAAACUAUUAAUGAACUGAUUUUUGAUCUUGACUACGGACUCCUCGACGACGACCAAACAUUCGACUGUCCCGAGUUGACUUGUUUCUUGUAUACUGGUAAUAAACUCUGGCGCACAUACGAUAUGCAAUCUACGUUUUAUCCACAUACGCCAAAUACGAUACAUUUAGGUGACGUAGUUGACCGUGCAAACCGAAGAGGCAAACAACAGAUAACGUCCAGACUGGGAGAACUACCCGAAAACGUGACGCAUUUGUAUUUUAUCAUCAGCGCACGAAACUCACCAUCCAUUGGAUGUUACAAGAAUCUAACGUUCAGUCUAAUAGAUAGAAAAUAUCCCGAUAAGAGUUUGUGCAUAUAUAAUCUCACAAAAGUCGUACAUUCAAAGGCUGUCAUCCUGUGUGGUGUUGCGCGUGCCGGGAAUACAUGGAGGGUCUACAUAAUUGGCGCGGAGUCUGCAGGUAAUGCGAAAGAUUACAAGCCAAUUGAGCAGAAAAUUCGGGCCAUAGAAGAGUUGGUUUAG